CUUCGAAAUAAGAAUAAUUCUGGUUUGUGCUUCACAGAACUUACUGAUCCACGGACCUGAAUAAAGUAAUGGCCAAAAUUUUAACCACCCCGCAUGUGAGCUGUCGAUAGGGUCCUACAUGUACAGCAAGCAGGGUUGUCAAAAUAAAGUUCGAAUUCCAAUUGUCUUCCAGAAAUAUGAUCUAAAACUGUAUGUAUGUCGGCAAUAAGCGGAGGAGAUGAUACGCAGACUCCAUUAUUGCAGACAAGUUUUUCUUCUGAUGAACGGAAUCAUUCCCUUAAAAAAGGGAAUGUGUGGACGGCUUUGGCACAUAUAAUAACAGCAGUAAUUGGUUCUGGAGUGCUUUCAUUAGCAUGGAGCAUGUCACAGCUUGGGUGGAUUGCAGGUCCAUUGACCAUGUUGUCAUUUGCAUCAGUCACACUUGCUUCUAUAUUUUGUCUCUGGAAUUGCUACAAAUCUCCUGAUCCCGACUAUGGUCCUGUGAGAAAUGCCUCCUACUUAGAUGCUGUUCGGGAAAUUCUAGGAAAAAGGAACGCUUGGGUGUGUGGCAUUAUCGUGCGACUAUAUUUCAUCAAGAUAGGUAUUGUCCAUACAAUUACAUCCUCCAUCAGCAUGAGAGCAAUUCAGAGAUCAAAUUGUUACCAUAAUGAAGGGCAUAAAGCUUCUUGUAACUACGGGAUUACUUAUUACAUGCUUGCAUUUGGAAUUAUCCAGGCCAUCUUGUCUCAAAUACCUGAUUUUCAGAGUACUGAGUGGCUCUCUAUCGUUGCGGCAAUCAUGUCCUUUUCGUACUCUAUGAUUGGAUCGGCACUUGGCUUGGCAAAAGUAAUAGAAAAUGGAGAAAUAAAAGGUAGCAUUGGAGGAAUACCGACUUCCACUACUACUGAAAAAGUAUGGGCAAUUUCUCAAGCGCUUGGCGACAUUGCCUUUGCGUUUCCGUUCUCUCUUAUUUUCCUAGAGAUACAGGAUACUCUAAGGUCCAAUCCACUUGAAAGGGUCAUCAUGAGGAAGGCAUCAAUUAUGGCUGUCUGCGUCACAACUUUUUUCUACCUAUGUUGUGGAGGGCUUGGGUAUGCAGCUUUUGGGAAUUCGACCCCCGGGAACCUUUUAACCGGAUUUGGUUUUUACGAGCCAUACUGGCUUGUUGACUUUGCUAAUGCUUGCGUCGUUCUUCAUCUUGUUGGAGGAUAUCAGGUAUACACUCAACCACUCUUUGAGAAUACUGAAAGAUGGAUUAUAAAGAAGUUUCCCGACCGAAAAAUAUUGCAUGAAGAUUACACUCCAAAACAAAUACCGCGUCUAAGACUAAAUCUUUUGAGGCUGUGUUUCCGAACUGCUUAUGUUGCAUUAACCACGGGAUUCAGCACACUUUUUCCAUACUUUAACCAAGUAGUCGGGGUGGAUGAAGCAAUCACCUUCUGGCCUAUAGUUGUACAUUUCCCUGUGGAAAUGUACUUGGUGCAGAAAAAUAUUGGACCUCUGACAAAGAAGUCGAUAAUUCUUCGAGUAUAUAGUUUUAUUACAUUGAUCGUGAUACUAUACGCCUUUGUUGGCUCAAUCAAGGGUUUGAUAAAAGCAAAAUUGAGUUGAGAAUUACUUAUUUUUACAUUCUGAUAUGGGUUAAAACCAAAUUGCUCAUGUCAAAGUGAGUUUUUGAGGCCUAUACAGGGAAACUGAAACAUGAAGCAUGGUA